GGGAGGAAAAAAAAUAGACGAUAGGGAUGUGUAUGAGUGUGCGGUGAACAGUGCUGCAGGUAGGCUACAGUCAGAGCCCAAUACAGGCACCGGACCGCGGCAAAAACCGCCUCAGAGCCUGCCUCUCUCUCCUCUUCAUCACCUCUAAACAACCACUCCGCAAUGUCUGGCGGAGGAGAGGUACGCGUCCUCCGCCAAGAGCCUGGGCAAGAGAGCCCGAGGAUGCCGGCCUGGAAACGAGAGAUCCUGGAGAGGAGGAAGGCGAAGGGCGGCGGGUCUGGAGGAGCCGGUGCCGCGGAGACAACGAGCCCCGGCGGUGCGGGUUCGCAGCGGGCUAACGGCGAGACGACGGGAAAUGUGAACGGCAGCAGCAGCAGCAGCAGCAGCAGCGGACCCAAGAGAGACAGCGGACCGAGCGGUGGGUCCGGGCGGAGCUACACCAUCACCACAGCCAGUCAACACUUCACGAACAACAAAGAGCCACGGCCGACGGACGCGGAGAGGACGACACCGAGGGAGGACGACAGACACGAGAGCCUGGUGCUCCAGGAAAGCCUCGGCCCGCUGGACGAGAACCCGUUCAUUAAACUGGAGAAGGAGCGGAGGCGGCGACAGGACCGAGAUAACGCUUCUCGUCCUGUCCAGCACAUCCUGGAGCUGUAUGGCAGUGUACCCGGUAUACGGACUAUCCGCGCAGACAAUAUUAUCAUAAUUGAGUCAGACCCGGAUUACUUUCCGGAAGCCGGUGGGGUAAACACCGGGUCCAAGUGGCAGCAGAACGGCGUCACUAGUUACAGCUCUCUGAACGACCUCCUGGACCGGAGAGGGAGUGCUGUUACUGAGAUAAGAGCCAAGGAAGUGGUCAUUUACGACACCACGUUAAGCAAGAGCGAGGAGAACUUGAGCACCCUGGGCCGCCCUGAUCACGAGGCCUCAUCAUAUGAGACAGGUGAGGGCCAGGGCAGGGUUAGCCGGAUGCUGCAGAAGUUUGACAGCAACUACGGGAAGCUGCAGAAGAAGUCCCACAGCACAGAGAACCUGCUGGACCUGGAUUGUAGUGCCAGCAGCAGGCCACGACUCUGGUCCAGGCCACAGCCAGAUCUGGUGCCAAAGGCCAGGCCAGGCCCGUCGCUCAGCAGCCCGGGCAGCAGCCAGCCAUCGUCUCCUGUCUUCCAGAGUCCCUUGUCUUCCAAACCAACGCCACAGCCUGUUGUCUCUGAGCUGGGCAGCCCCCAACGCUCCGCCGGGACCCCUCAGCCUCUCUUUUCCUUCCGUCAGCGGUUUGAAGAGAGCGGAGGCCAUGGUGCAGCUGUCCCCCCAGGGGACGAGCCAGACAGGGUGCAAACCAAGCCCGUCAGAGAGAGAGACUGGGAAAGCUCCGAGGUGCCACCCAAACCCAAGGUGCCAUGCUCUCCAGAGACCCGGCGCGUCCGUGCCGAGCCCCCCUCGAGCCCCAUCUCGUUCAAGGUGUCGCGCUCUUCAUCUGACUUUGAGAUCCGUCCCUCACCGAAGCCAGACCUCACCCGAAUUCCUGAUGGGGACACCCAGGCACGGGCCCUCGCAAACCUGCGCCUGCAGUCCCGCAACUCCUUCACAGUGAUCCCCAAGCGCCGUGUUGCUGCCUCAUCUGCAACAGGCAGUCCAGCACCGCCCAGCCCCAUCAAGUCCUCCCCUUCCCACAGAGUGGCUGAGGUGCCCACGCCAGGAGUGCCAUCCUCCCACGCCCCUAUGCCCACCGUGACACCCUCCAAGAGGAAUGAGGAGAAACCGCAGGAAAAGGAGUUCGAGAGGCCCAUGAGGCUCUCCCAGCCUGAACCGUCUCCUUCUGUCGCCACAAAUCCUGCGCCUCGUCCGACCUCAGAACCUGUGUCUCCAUCCCCUGCUCUAACCCCAGCUCCUUACUCUCCCCCCGCUCUACCAUCUCCCCCCUCUUCUCCGGCUGUCCCAUCUUCACCCUCCAUCUCUCCGGUUCCUUCAGACUCUCCAGCCCCGUCUGCUGUCCCUUCCGCCCCGUCCACGGCUCCAGAACAACCCCCCCCCGUGGACCAGCUGCCCGUAACAAACAUAGACGACAUUGAAGUGGAACCCCAGCAGCGUGUCUCUGCCCCCAGCCCCAUGGCGCAGAGGAGAAAGGGGAACACCUUCACCGUGGUCCCUAAACGUAGGUUGGAGGCCGAGGGCCAGCCAAGCUCACCCGAGCCCCAGCAGGAAGCCCCAAGUGAGGCGACACCGGGGUCCACGCCCCCACAGGCCCCUUACGCUCAGCUGGGCUCCCUGCUGAAGAAACGCUACCCGGCUGCAGAGGAGAUCGAGGUCAUCGGGGGUUACCUUUCCCUCGCAAAGUCCUGCCUCUCCAAGUCGGGCUCCACGGGCAAGAAGCUUAAGAUCUCAUUCAACGAGUCAAGUCUCCACAGUACGUACGAGUAUCCAUCAGAAAGCAGUGCGUGGGACAGCGGGGACGAGGACGAGGACGAGAAACUGGACGAAAAGCUGGCGGACGAACAGCCGAGCAUGGUGGGACGCAUCCACAUCCCCCGACCCAGUUUCACCAGCUCGCCCACGCACACGACCAACAGUAACGACCUUUCCAGCUACAUUCCCAAGCACUCUGUGGACUUCAGCGCCUGGCAGGAGCACAAACAUGACGACAGCGUUUACCAGGAGGACGCCACUUCCCAACACACACCGAUGACAGAGGAAGUUAUGCUCACACCUGCAGACAGCUCCUCCCUGUCGGACUACAGCAGCGAGCCUGCCCUUUACUUCUGAUCAGAGGGACCAAUCAGCUGUACCGUAGCACCCCCCCCCCCCCCCCUCCCUCCGUGGGACCAGCCUGACCUGCCUCCAGCUCUACA